GUGCUGAAGCACCCAAAAAAAAAAAAGGGAAAAAAAAUCUGAAGCUGCUUUCUUUCAUUUCGCCAUCUCUACAAAAAUAUUCUGUCCUGCUCUUCAAAGAGGGACUUCUGCUUUGUUUUUCCAUUGUACCCUUUUUGCUUGGUACCCUGAACCUCGGCUAGCUGCGAACAAACUUGUUCCAGAGAAUGGCAUCCCUUACACCGGGAGUACUACUAAAGCUUCUUCAGGGUGUAAAUUCCAAUGUGAAGAUUCGUGGAGAAUACCGAUCUGUUUUGCUACAAGUGAUCAGCAUUGUGCCUGCCUUAACUGGAUCAGAACUGUGGCCAAACCAUGGCUUCUUUGUUAAAGUUUCCGACUCUUCCCACUCGACCUAUGUCUCAUUGUCAAAGGAAGAUAACGAGCUCAUUUUGAACAACAAAUUGCAGCUUGGCCAAUUCUUCUAUGUGGACAGAGUGGAAGCUGGAACUCCAGUCCCUAUCCUUGUUGGAGUGAGACCGGUUCAGGGACGGAACCCUUUUGUGGGAAACCCAAAGGACUUGAUGCAAAUGCUAGUACCCUCUGAGGGUCCAGUACUCCCACUCGAUCAUCAUGAAGGAAUUACAAGUUCAAAACCAAGUGAGUUAUCAGCAGAAUCAAAAGAGGAGAGUCCAAGACACAAAAUUGUGAUCAAAGAGGAGAAAGUGGCUGUGGCAUCCAGGUAUAUGCAGGGGAUAUUGACAACCAAUUCAAAAGCAAGUGCAAUGGAUUCCAAUAUUGUUGGGAAGGGCAAUGAGAAUGAAGGUAGUAUAGCAGGUAAGAAAGUUGUUCCAGCGAAAGGCAAACAACAAGAGCUCAAGGGUCAGUCGCGCUCAAGUACUCCUAUCCGCAAUCGUCCUGAUGUAAUUACAGUUAAGCCAGAUGCUGCUGUAUUCAACACCAAAGAGGCUCCAGUACACUCGAAGAACAUGACAGCAAAACACCCAAGUAAGCAGGAAAAUAUCAACUUGAACUUCUCAAAGAGUAGGGAUAAGAAUCAUUCACCUGAGGCAAUUUCCUGGGCUUCUUUGCCUGCAAAUCUCCUAAAGCCUGGGAAGGGAAUGCUUAGGAGGAGAAUUUUAGCUUCUUUGGUUGCAGUAGAAGCACAAAAAGAAGCAUCUGUUGCUGCUACUCUUGUCAAGUGCCUGAGUAUGUUUGCUGAGCUCUGCUCAUCUGCCUCAGUGGAGAACCCCCAUCUCUCUCUCCCCAAGUUCUUUGCUCUCUACCAGCUCAUUGAUCAAUCAAAUGCCACAAUUCAAUCAAAGGAUAGAUCUUUUCAACUUUCUACAUUUUCAUCUUCCUCGGACAAGGAGAAAUCUUUCAAAAAGACAGGUCAAAUUCAUGGUAGAAAUGCAUUGAAGUCCCCAAAACCCUCAAUAGAAUUGAGUGGUACCGAAAAACAAGAAUGGGCUAAAGGGGAUGGUGCAAAAGAGAUCAAAGAGCUGAGGGAGACUCUCUUAACUGAAACACACACAUGGUUUUUGAAAUUCUUGGAGGGGGCAUUAGAUGCUGGGUUCCACACAGGUGCACAGGAGAAGAAAGGAAAGGAUAACAUUGGGCGCCGAAUGGAACCAGACAACAAUAUUGCGGUCACACUAUCACAGCUUAAGCAAGUAAAUGAAUGGCUAGACAGAUCAAGAAGCAGCUUGAGCUCAGAAAAUAAUGGAUUGGGGGAGACCAUUGAUCGGUUGAAGCAAAAAGUUUAUGCUUGUUUGCUUGUUCAUGUGGACUCAGUUGCAUCAGCUCUAGAGAACCGAUCAGAUCGUGGUUAACUCAAUGAAACUGGGGAAUAUUUAUUAAUUUGUUCAAGCUUUAUGUUAUUUAUAAAUUGUUUUCAGACAUUGAUAAUUAGCCAGCCAAGGUUAUUGCAAGUUUGGCUAAACUAUUCAAAAUGGAGAACUGUGUCAAUAACGUCUGUCCACAUAUAUAUAUCACCCAAAGCAAAAGUUACUGCCCUUCAAUGGCUUCUUCAAUAAAAGAUAUGAUGUAAAUAUUGCCCUAGUGAACCUGUUACAAACUUCAUAUGAUGUAAUUGAAAUUUGAAGCAAUAGGCUUCAUGUCC